AUGACUAUAGAUCUAGAUCACUCCGUCUCUUCCGCCAUCUCGGCAUCUUCUCCACAGUUCCACUCGCGGGACACGCGCCUUGUCCGUGAAUCGCGUCUGGCUCCCUCACUACUCUUGUCCUCUCCGCCAUCAGGAGACUCGAGUCCGUCGACCGUUGGUUCCCUCGGUCAACAAGCUUCUCCGCGGAGCAUCACCCUCGAGCCCCCGCCUCUCCCAUUUUUAUCCUCAUAUCGCGCAACUGAAGAAUCUCGGGCCUCCUCGCCGGUCAAUCGCAAGGCGGAAAGUAGCAUAUACUACACCACGGCGUGGGGAUCCCCAUAUGCAGCACCCAGCACACGGAGACUCUCAGUGACAAAUAGCCAACACGAAUUUGCUGGGAUCGACGACGGAUCUGGUCCCAGCUCACCCGUCUCGUCAAUAGCCAACCGCACCGAGUUCCGGAGAUCCAGUGCCGCCAACGACGACACACUUGAACCCGAGGACCGUGAUAUCAUCGCCAAUAACGGAGAAAAAUCGAUACGGGAAUUUACGCAGGAUUGGAUCAACCAGUACCUUACCGGUCAACCUAGAACGGAACGCAGCAAUUGGCUCAGCGACGACUCAGGGAGUGAAGCACCGUCGUUCAUCACUGCGAGGAAUCACUUUGCCGACGACGCUUCGGACGACUGGCUUGGUCUGGAAGACGACUUUCGUUCCGAAGAUCUGUUGAAAACGCCAACGCUCUCUGAUUUCGUCGGGAAAAAAGCCGCGCGUGCUAAAGUCAACAAAACUUUGCACAAACGCGCUGAUACCCUGCGACAGGAGGACUUUUGGGGUUUCGCGUACGACAAAGAUCCACCACAAAAUAUGUCCGACUUGAACACACCAACCGUCGAGGUAAACUCGCCGGUAUCUUCGGUAGAGAAGCCGUUACCUCCUCCACCGGCAAACGCAAUGGAGGACACCCCAAAGUUGGAAGACCCGUUCAAUCCGGCUCCAUUAAAAACCCAGGUCUCCGAUAUCAGCAGAUCAGCCACCCAAACCCCACGGCGGAGAAAGAAGUUGAAUUGGCGUGGGAAAGCCUGUAUAAUUGAGCUGCCAUAUGUUGAUAAGAGAGGUUCGGAACCUGGGUAUCAUCUCCUAACACCGGCCGACGUUCAAAAGCGGAUGCAAGAAUGGGAGAACGAAGGGUACGAUGUUCGUGGGUUCACCAUUGGCGAUUCCGAGGACCCCUCCACCACGGCGACUCUAGGAGGUCUCAGCCGACCCCUAUAUCCCGACCCAUAUGACCUCCAUGAAAUUUCCAAAAGCCAACCGCUUGUCGUCAACUUCCCAGACAGAGCCAAGUGGGAGUCUUAUAUCACCGAGCUCCAAGAAGAAAAGCUGCGCGCCCUAGGAGUGUCGUUCGGUGACGAUGAACCUGAACAGUCUAUUUCACCCGAUUACUCGCUCAACCCCAGCGGCACUCCUUUCCCAGGUCUUAUCGCUUCCCCGCCAAUCCCUACUGCGUCUGCAGCAAGCAAUCCCCUCGGCCAUAUUCACCCAUUCUCGCCUCACUUCAACCAACCAUCGAUACCUACGCCUGGUGCUAUGGGUUCAAUGGCAUCACCUGCUUCACAAUUCGGUAUGCAGACGCCAUUCAUGGGCGCGGAGCAAAAUAUGAUGGGCGGGUUCCCUUUCCAAUACCAGCCCACUCCUCCUGCUCAGGGAUCUAUGACUCCCCAAGGCUUCUUGAACCCCCGGCAGGCAAGUUCAUCAGCAGGCCCAGGGGCAAUGGGCAACUUUUCCUCCGUGCUAUCACCAGUGUCCCCAUUACAUGACCAAGGGUCCUUCCACGCAGGGUUUAAUGAUAAGGGUGCCUUCGAUGAUCAAUUUGGCCAUGGCAUGCACCAGGAAGGCCUGCCAUACCAGGCUCCCCAGACCCCGGUCAAUGGACACCCAGAUAAUUUCCACGCAUCGAACGUCGAGCUUGCCCAACCUACACCUCGAGGCCACGGUCAUAAUCUGAGCGAAACUCUGCAAAGAGGACUGGACCAGAUGACACACACCGAUUACCAUCUGGAAGACUCAAUCGACCGACAAUUGGAGGAUGAUUACCGUGAUGCCAAUCAUGCAGGCCUAAAUUCUGGCAUGCUGAAGUCGCGCUGGGGAUUGCCAGAAAAUGAACACCACGCUCAAAAUCCUGUCCAUCUCCCACCUCAUUCCUUCGCCCAGCACCAGCUCCCUCACCAAUUCUAUGGAGACCAAUACCAACAACACAAUGGCCAGGAUGUUUCUGAUCUCGACACAAACCCCAGUGUUGCAGGUACGCCGCAGACUCGCCAAGGGCCGUGGCACGAGGCCCAGCCUAGCGGUAACUCCUACCACGCCGGCCAUCAGUCGCGGCUCUCGAUUUCAUCACUCAAUGUCGCAGCCAAGGAAUUUGACCCUACCGCGUCGUUCACCUCCCAGCCCGUGUCGUUCGGUAAUGACCCAUUCCAGUUUGGCGGUAGGGGUGGGCAAGGGUUCGGGUUUGCCGCGCCUCCCUCGUUCACGCCUGGUAGCAGCAUGAACGGCCCAAUAGUCCCAAAGCAGAACCACAACGCCAGUGGUAGUGGCGCAUUCAAGUUCUCCGCCGCAUCGUUCAAUGUCGAUGCACCUGUUUUCAAUCCCAACCCCACUGUUAGCCUCAACUCGAAUGUCAGCUCUGAGAAGCCUCCGGCUAGCCACACCAAGAUCUUUGGCGACAUUGACAUCAGCGAGAUCACCACCCCUGACAAGACGUCCAAGGCUAUCCCUAUUGUGCGGCCCGAUGAGACCGAACAGGAGAACAAUAACAAUGAGCAGGCCGUUGAAGACGACACUAAUGGUCGAUCUGUGCCUACCGACCGUCACAAGCGUGCGCGUCGCGGUGUCGGCCACGCCGAAGGCGAGGCUAGAUAUAGUAUUUCGAGUAACCCUCUGGGUGAGGCGAGGAACGCUCAAGCUUCGAGUGCGCUUCAUGCAGUCGCUGAGGGCAAGGAGAAUGCCAUGCCUAAGGAGAACAGCCCUGUAGAGCGGACGGGUACUCCUGUCAGCGAAGCCGACACUUGGACCUUGUUCGAUGCGAAGCGUGAGGCUGAGAAUAGGUCCCAAACUGGAUCACCGAUCCGGGCGGAGGCAUCUAAAGACAUUGUUAUCGAAGAGCGUGAACCAAGGGAACCUGCAGCAGGAGAUAAUACGUCUGUCACUGUCUCGGAGACCGUCGAGCAUGCUCCUCACGCAUCCAAGAGCCCGGUCAAGAGCACGACGCUGUCGGCUAACGCUCAGCCUUUCGAGUUCAAGCCUGCUGUUUCUGAAUUUGUUCCCACAACUGUUCAGCCAUCUAGCUUUGGUGAGCAAAAGGUUAUUGAGCAGCCCAUCGGAACUCCUGCCAAGAGUCCCACUGCAAGUAAACCCAUGCAAGCUGGACUCAUGGCUUCUCGCUUCGCUACCACAAGCCCACCUAAGAAGGCAACCUCACCAGAACCCGAGGUCAACACUCCCACCCGCGUGGAGCCAGAAUUCAUCACUCGCAAACCCAAGCAUUACGACAGCCCAUGGGACUCGGAGGACGACUCUCCUGACGAUGAGGAGCUGAAUGCAAUUAUGCAACAGCUAAACGACGACGACGCAGAUGUCGGCAUCGAGCGCCAAGCGACUCCUUACAACACAAUCCACGCGACUCCCUUCCAACCGCGACACGACCAUCUCACCGAGUCGAUGGGCGGUCCCACAAAAGAACAACGAUUUGGUUCUGCGGAGGCCCGAAGCGAAGCCCCGAGCCCGAGUCCCGGUGGAGUCCCCAAGACCUACAAGCUCAGCAUUCCCAAGCUUGGCUCGGACAAUGAUGCCAACAGCAAUGCUACCUUCUCUCCGCAGAAGAGCCUCAUAUCCCGUCUUCAGUCCCCUGUUCGCCACCUUAUUACUGAGAAUGACCAUGUCAGUGACUGGGAUGAUAUGAUCUCUGCCGGAGAAGACGAGAAGUUCAUGAACCGUAACCGUUUCUUCGACCGUCGCAUCAACGAUCUUGUUGGCUCCGCCAUUGACGAACGCUUGGGUCCUAUGGAACGUGCCUUGGCUGUUAUUCAGCAGUCGGUGGCUUCUAUUGCCACUGACACUGCAAGCAGAAAGGUCUUCCGCAGCACAUCCGCUGAGAUGGAAGACAGUGAUGCCGAUGAUGAGGACGACGAUGGCGAGGAAGCAUUGGUUCGCGAUCGCUCGCCCCACAACAUGAGGGAACGUAAGCUGGAGAUGCUCAAGAAUGUCGUCAUGGAAGCUUUGGUUACCCAUGACAUCCCUCAACGUGUUUCCCCGCACUCCAGCCACAGCGAGAUGGCGCAGCUCAAGGAAAGCAUUGCUGAACUGCAGGCCCUCACGAUCAAGAAGCUCGCUCAGGACCCUGUUGGUGAUAUGCGUGAGAUUAUGGAGGAAGCCAUGGCCAAGCAAUUGGCUCAGCAGGUCGCCUUGCAGAAACCCCCGAGCCCGCGCCUGUCAGAGGCCGAGGAGAUCGGUGCCGAUAGCCUUAUGCUCCAAAUCGACGGCCUUAAGAGCAUGUUACGGAUCGCUGAUGAGCGUGCCGAGCAGGAGUAUAAGGAGCGCCGCGAUGCACAGGAUGCUAUCUCUGAGCUCCAGCGACUGUUGAAGUUUGCGGAGGAAGAUGCUGCUCGUCAUAGUGCUGCAGCAGAGGAUGCCGAGUCUCGUCUCCUCCAGUUCAAGGAAGAGAAGAUUCCAUACUUCGAAAAGAUGCAGUUCCGUACUGAGUCUCUUUCAGAAGAGAGUGAGACUCUCAAGGUUACUAUCGCCGAGCUGUCUACGAAAAACAUCGCGCUUGAGGGUACCCUCGACGAGUACCGUCUUUCUAGCGAUAGCUUCCGCCGUCAAUUGGAGACUACUAAGGGUGAGAACAAGUCCCUUCAUGAGACUAUUGAUCACCUGAGAACUCGCAUCGAGGACAGUAUGAUCUCGCGCCAGAACCUCACUGAAAAGUUCGAUCGUCUUCAAGAUGACAUGCUCAGUGUCACUGCUGAAAUCACUCGCGAUCAAGCUACCUGGCGCAGAAAGGAGGAGGAGCAAUCAGCUAGGUAUAAUGAGCUUCGCGCGUCGCACUCUCGUGAGCUGCAAUUGCGCGAGAAGCUCGAGGAGGACGUCCGCGAAUUCGAAAAGAAUGAGCGGGAGGCCACAAAACUGAGGUUCAUCCAGGAGCAAUCUCAACGAGAGAAUGCUAGACUAGAGGAGCUGAUUACCAGUCUCCGGGCGGAGAACCAUGAUCUGCAAAUCAAGGCUGCCCGGUUCGAGCGGGAGUUCAUCGAAGCCCGCGAGAGCAGCCGUGCCGAAAUCCAGCGCACUCGCUCUUCGAUGGAGGCAGACCUCGAAGCUUCUAACAGCCAGGUCAACAUUGUGCGUGCCGAGCUUGAGGCCCAGAUCAUUUGUCUAGAGACUCAACUUGACAACAACCGCAUGGAUACCGAUACCACUCGCGAGCGCUACGAGCUUCUCCUCGAGGAAGCCAGGGACUCAAAGACCACUGCCCUAGCUGCUAAGGACCUUGCCAUUGAUGAGACCCGCAAGAUGCAUGAGCGUAUUCUCAAUGAUCUGCGUGAACGUCACGCUCGCGCUUUGCAUAACUCUUCAGAGGAUCGUGCGCGCGGUGAGACUCAAAACAUGGAGCGCAUGGCUUUGUCCGAGGAGAAAGCUAAGCAUCUGCAAGAGCGUGUGAACCUCCUCGAAGAGAAGCUUGAGAUCGCUCAGGCUGCUGCCCGUGCUGCUGCUGAGGCAGCCCACAGCGCGAAGGCAACCCCCAGCUCAGCCCCAGCUGUCGCACCAUCACACUCGGGGGCGACACCGUCCAUGUCCUACAACAAGGGAUCCGAAGAGCCCGAACGGAUCUCUCCACAAGCCCUUCGCGAGUCAAUCUUCGUUCUCCAGGACCAGCUCCAGCAGCGCGAGACCCGCAUCGAGGAGCUUGAACAAGAGGUCUCAACGAUAGAUAAAGACGCACCAAAUAAACUCAAGGAGAAGGACACCGAGAUCACCUGGCUCCGUGAACUCCUAGGCGUCCGCAUCGACGACCUGCAAGACAUAAUCCAGACUGUGUCCAAGCCCUCAUUCAAUCAGCAAGCCGUCCGCGACGCAGCCAUCCGUCUCAAAGCCAACCUCCAAAUGCAGCAGCAAGAAAAGGAACGCCUAACAACCGGCCAUCUCUCCUCCCUGGCCGACCUUGCCGCCUCGCCCCGCUCCCUCCCCCUAGCUGCAGCUGCUGCCUGGGGAAAUUGGCGGAAAGGCCGCGAAUCCGCCAACACCUCCGACCAGACCCCAUCAAAGCCCAGCAACGCGAGCACUUUCCUGUCAGGCCUGCUAACACCCCCGAGCUCUCACGCCCGAGAGCACGGUACUGGCCAGCAGACUAGCGCUGCCGCGCGGUUUGCGCAAACUCGCCCUUUGAGAGGCCCAAGACGCGGCUCGGUCCGCAGCCAGGCACCUAUCACGGAACCACCUCAAACACCGCCUCUUCUCCGUCGCUCGAGCUAUGAUCAUGACGCCGAGCCGGCGCAUUACGAUGAUGGGAGCUUCGCGGAUGAAAAUGAGAGUACCGUUGAUGGGAUGGUUUCGGCCUCGCCGAAGGAGAGGGACGAUGAAGGUCCAUUUGGGCCUCAGAUCAAUGAGGCUGAAGCCGAAGAAAGCGAUCUUCAGGCCGACACUGACGUCUCCUCUUCUGACGAACCCUCCACUGAGGAAGAGUGA